AUGAAAGGCGAGGGAGAAGGGAGAACGGGGCGGGGAGGAGACAGUCGGCUCGGCACGGAGGGACGGGACGGGACGGCCCGGCCCCGGCGCCCCGCGGGCCAUGCGGCUGCUGGCCGCGGCUCUGGCCGCCCUGCUGGCCUCGGCCCCGGCCCCAGAUAUUUGUGAGGCUUUAAACGUGACAGUCUCUCCAGGACCGACAGUGCGAUACUCCGAGGGAGAUAAUGCUACCCUUUACUGCCACAUUUCUCAAAAGAGAAAGACAGACAAUUUGCUGGCUGUGCGGUGGGUCUUUGCUGUAUCACCUACCCAGGAGUAUCUGAUGAUCAAAAUGACUAAGUUUGGGUCUGUCCAGUAUUAUGGAAAUUAUACUCAUCAUUUCCACAAGCAAAGACUUCGUCUUCUUAAGGAGAAACAUGGAACUCUGUACAAAUUCCUUAUCCUAAGCCUCCAGCAAACAGACCAAGGACACUAUAUAUGCAAAGUGCAGGAAAUUGGCAAACACAGGAAUAAGUGGACAGCAUGGUCAAAUGGCACAGCAGCUACUGAAAUUCGAGUGAUUUCAUCAAAAACUUCCGAUGAUCCCACUUUCAAGAAAAACCAUGAAGCUUGGAAGUUUUUUGAAGAUUUGUAUGUGUACGCAGUGUUUGUGUGCUCAAUAGGAAUCAUCAGUGUCCUCCUUUUCACACUCGUCAUUCUCUGUCAGUCGCUUCUGAACAAGAGGAGAUCCACAGUGAAGCAUUACCUGGUGAAAUGCCCCCAGAACAGCUCUGGGGAGACCGUUACCAGCGUGACAAGCAUGUCCCCUCUGCAGCCCAAGAAGGUAAAGAAGAAGAAAGAGAAAGUGGAGCAGCCGCCCGCCAUCCCAGCAAAAGCUCCAAUAGCCAAUAAUUUUCCUAAGCCCAAGCUCUUGAAACCUCAAAGAAAAUUGAUCCUGCUUUCUUGCAGUCAUUGUGUCUACAAAUUUAGCCCGCUCUUAAACGAAACCUGCUAUUGAUUCUCACAUGCUGCUGGGAGCUGGCGCUUUGGAAAAAAAACAUCCGUUACUGGCAGAAGCACAACCACACCAUCACACUGCCUUUGAGACAUUUCAAGUCAAAAACAGGGCCCUGAUUCCGCCCCACAGUGGUGUAAAUCAGCAAUAGCUGAAGUUGCAGGAAUGAAUAUAUGUAUAGAGCUUGUAUGAAAGAAAAGAAAAACUCAGAUGUGGUUUCUGUUGGAUAUGAGUUUCUGUUAAAAAACAAAACAAACCCCCAAACCUGCGGGUAUUUGCCAGACAGAUCAGACAGAUGGGCAGAUUUUUCUCCGCUUUAGUAACAAAGCAGUACCUGGCCAAGACAUCUGGGGUAACAGAGACAGUUUUACCAACUAACCUCAGCUGCCCUAUAACGAGGCUGGCUUGCAGGGCUCCCUGUGCAGUCAAUAGGCAGAGGUGAGUCAGAGCAGGAGCCUGAUGAGAUGCUCCACGUUGCCUUUCGGGGGAUCCUUUCUCCCUUUGCUGGCAAUGCAGAGCCCAGGGUGACUAACUCCCUAACUUUGGCACCUGAGUGAAGGCGACUGUCUAAAGUUAGGUGGUGUGAAUAACACAAAUGCCUCUGUGAUGGCUUCACUUUCAGAUGAGGACUGGAACUGGGAACCUUCCCACCAAUUGUCAGCAAAUGUUCUCUGCUCUUUUAACAUGGUCAGGGUACAGCCCAGGGUGCUUGGGCACAGUGCCAGGUGGCUCCAGCUCAGCUUAAAUCUCGUGUGAUGCUGCUUCUUGGGCACACUGCCCACCUCUCCUCCCUGGUCAUACAGGGGUUGUGCCUCAGCCAGCCUCCAUUUGUACCGGUAAGGUAUCAGUAAAGGAAGAGGUAGAGUUUUAAAAGCCCAUGAAAAAAACAAACAAAACUGUGUUAGCCACUGUGUCCCAGCACAUGGCUAUGCCAGAGAUCCGCUAACCUUCGGCCCUCCUAGGAAAAGCUCUCAUCGCUUAAAGCACUCAGACUCUGCCUGCAGGUCAGUAAAGCAAUCAACAACACUGAACUUGACGUAAAUCUGUUUCCAGAUGCUUUUUCGUUCUGGAAUAAAUCCAGGGAUGGGGGCCACAAAUAGCUAUUUACUCUUCCCUUCCCACCAUGGAACCCCAGACAAGGUUCAAGCUCUUUGGAGGAGAGCAGCAAUAAACCCUUCUCAAACCCUGAGAUCUGCUUUGGUUUCCCUAGCGUGACUGAGCACCUGUGUGCCACCAGCAGCCUCAGCUGCCUUGCUGUCAGACUCGAGUCUGGCAGCUGCUUCCAUACGUGGCUCUUUUCCCUUUCACAUGUUACCUCGGAGUGCACCUGAAGAAACAUCACAGCCUGCAGAAAACACACAAUCUAUGGAUGAGAGUUAGCUUUUAGUUGAAAAAUAAUUCAACAAAUGUUGUCCAAGAGAUUUUCAAGACACAAACUCACCUAGCGGUACUUAAAAGGCAGAAAACUAAACCCAAGGCAGUCCAUAAGGCACAUUCAGAAGCUGAGCAGGACACUCCCCAGAGCUGUUUCCCAUUUCUCUUGCCUCUCUCCACAACCCAUUUGUUUAAACCCCCAUGUUUUAGUAUUCUCAGGGAAAAAAAAAAAUCAUUCUUUUCUCUUAAAAAAAAUUCUUUUUAAUUCUAAGAAACCUAAACUAACUGAGUAAAAAAAAUCAACAAGAGAAAUGGUAAUCACAGAAUUCAAACACAAAUGGAACAGGUUGGUUUCAGCACGCCUCCAUUUCUUAAUUCACAAAAAUUUCUCAGAUUUAAAAUUUUCAAUCUGCUUUGGGGCAAGAAAAAUGUUAUCGCCACCCUGCCAACUUUCUGCAGGAUAAGAGAUUUUUUUCCUUUCAACUGCAAUUAUUUCAGAGUUGCUGUCUGCACUAGUUUUUUUUUUUUACAGAUUUUACAUAGUUGCUAGGUAAUAGCCCUUGGAAAGCCAGACUCAAAUUGCUGAGUAUCUGGACUUCUUCUGCAGCUUCCCAUUGCAAUCCAAAGAAGAUACCACACUAGGAGAAUAUUCUAGAAAACCUAAGCAAACAAGUUUGAGUAUAAGGGAACAUUACAAAAUAAUUCCAGUGUUUUGGGAAAAUUUUUGUAAUAACCUAAAUACCAGCAAAAUUAUUUCCAGAGGACAUGUGCUUCUGGUUUCCUGAAAGAUGUUUAUAAUAGCUAGAGAAUUUCUUUUGUUGUUAACAUGCUAGAGUGGAUUGCAGUAUAAUUUUACAAGAAUACAAUAACCUGGAUAAAAUGGACAUAAUCUCAAUGAAAAUUAAAAAAAGAGAAAGCCUAAUAUCAUGUUCAGUUGCACAGCCUUGAGUAAAGUCUUUUAAAAACUCCGCUUAUGUCAUAUUGCUUUUGCUUUAGCCAGAACAAGAAUUCUAUGCUCCCCUUGUUGCAAAAAUAUUCCCCAUCAGUGUCAUUCUCUAUUAGCAUCAAUGAGAAAUGUGUACAGAUCAAAGGAAAUAGAGAUGCUGAAAUGCAAAAAGGGAUGGUUUUUAUAGCAUGUAAGAAGCACAGAGAGUCAUUAGGAAGACGAAAAUUCUAGGGGCUCACAAAUCUGUCUCUCUAAGGGCUGUUCCACUAGAGCCUUAAGUACUUAGCCCUUUGAGUUGGUAGAGACAAAUCUUAUACUUCCUCAAACGAAUUUUCUGGUAAGCCUUUCAUUGCCUCCUAGAGAUUUGUUGUCAUAGCCCAAGAGUUUUAGGUGCAGAACAUCUAAAUGAAAAGGUUUCAGUGUCUUCAUGAAGGUUUGCAUCACCAAACUUUUAGAAGAUCUUGUGUGGAGCUAGUGGAAAUAAUUUGAUUUCAAGUUAGACCAAAUUCUGCAAUCUUUACAUAUGCAAAUUUUUUGUUGACUUCAUCAUCUUCACAUUAAACUUUAAGGGAAAGACUACCUGCACAGAUAAGACAGGAUACAGGGAAUCUUCCUGAUUCUGCCUCUGACUUAUGCGGCUUCUGCCAAGUCAGAAAUCAUCCCACUUUGAAAUCAGAUAAAUGCAUCCCAUAUUAUAAAUGAUCCCCUUGGGUCUAGUUCUUUGAACAUGUUGUAAACGUAAAGCACACAGUACAUACAAUUUGGCUUCGGCAGCUCCUGCAUUGACGAAUCUCCUUACCAGAGCGUAUCUGGCUUCUCCUGUUACCCAGCACAGAAUACGCAUUGGUCCUGUGUGACUUCUGGAUCAGAGGUUUUCCAGAGACCAUAUUGGAGCUAUUUCUGAGAAGCAUCCACUACCCACAGCUCAUGCAACACAGACAGCACUGUUUGUCUCAGCAUGGUUUGGAUCACUGGAGGCCUGGUGCUACAUGAUUGUUGAGAUUUUCUUUUGAUGAUGAUUAUGUAAAAGCUACUUGAGAAACAGGAAGGGCUUAUGGUUAUCUAAGAUUGAGGGAAAUUUCUGGAAGUCAUUUUGGUGACAGCUCAGAGAUCUGGAUUCCCAGCUUUUACAGAUGUAUCAGAAAUAAAACACUCAGAUUUUUUUUUUUUUUUUUUUUCCUCUCUCUCUCUUCCCCACCCACCCCAGUUCUGAAAAAUCCCAUCCUUAUUUAUCAUUAUAGGCUAAGUGCUGACAAUGUGCUGAAUGCCAGCCAGUGCAUGUCAGGACAGUCCCUGCACUGGAAGCGCUUACUCAGCAGAAAAGCGUGUGAAAGCCUGGGAUCUGCAAGCAUUCAACCAAAGCACAGCUGUCCUGCUUCUGCUGUGUCUGUGAGGCAGAAGCGUGUUGUUUUGAGCAGGAGCUUGACGGGUGUUUGACACUUGUGGAACUGAGAAAGACAUGAUUUGGUCUCUUCUGCGUGUAUUCAGCAAAAUUAAGCUUACUUCACAUUUAGCUCAUUGUUCCACAUCAGUGUAUACUCCCGAAUCAAGCAAUGAAGAAGGGUGCUCCUAGAGCUGCCCAGAAGCUGAAGUUUCCUUCAUCUGAAAAAUUGUUUUGACUUUUAGGUUUCAGGAGUACCAAUAAGCAAGCAGACCCACUGUAUAUCAGAACCAGUGACUUGGAGUCCUUUUGGGGAAGGGUCUAGAUGUGCAAGUGAAUGAUCUCUUUUCAUCUUACAAUUAAGUACUACAUCAUUCAAGCCAGUCUUAUACCUAUUCACCAAGCUAGCUAGCCAGGAAAGGUAGGCUAGUCAGCUUUUUGCAUGACUAGUAGAAUUCCUGAAUAGUCUUAACGUGCAGGUACCACUGUCCCUUUCCUUAAGAAAAACAAAGAAAGUGAAAUACUGUUCAGUAACAUCAUAUAUUUCAGAUCUGAGAACAAUCGGGUCUCCUUUUUGCCUGCAUGAUUUUAAAUUAAAAGCUAUGCCACCCUCUGUUAGAAGAGUUGUUUUCUCCACAACAUGUAACAAUCUGUGAUUUAAGUCCUCAAUUUCUCAAGGCAUUAUUGAUCUCCACAGACUUCAAGUAACAUUUUACAUAUGAUAUACAAAGAAGAAUUGAAGUUUUUUUUCUUGACUCCCUGCGAUUCUUGAAUAUUUUCAUCCAGUCCACAUAAUUCUUUUCUCUGUCAGAUAAAUAAUCCUUUUUUAUCAGUCUUUCAUUAGGAUGUGAGAAGUCCAUAGGAACAUUUCUUCAUGAAUAUCAUUUAAAUGUUCAAGUUGAAACUCAGAAUACAACAUAUUCAAAACAUCUGAUUUAUGCCUGCUUUCACAUUCAGAUCCUGCAUUGCUAUCUUCAGCCCCAAGAAGGAACAGUUUGUGUAAAUACAGAAAAGCUCUUGCUUGAAUUGAGCCAAGGAUUGUGUAUUUACAAAGUCCCACAGCAGAUGAUUUUUGUGCGACAACACCUUUGGAGUAAAAAAUGUGUCCUUGAACCUUUCUGAAGGAUAAAGAGAAAUAAUCCUGAUUUCCAGCAAUGUUGGUUUGGUUCAGAAUCUAGGAGUAAUUCUGCAGCUGUAAAAGGAAUACAGCAUUAACAAAGGGACUAUUCUGCAAAAGCUGUUAAAACAGGCUGGACAAACUUCUGCCAGGUACAUUUAAUUCUGUUAAUGAAGAAAGAUGGACUGACUAACUCCAUAUAAACACUUCCAGCCCUAUAUUUAUGGGAUUCUGUUUCUUUAAAAUAAAUGAUUCAAUGGGA